AUGGUGAAUCAUCAUCAUACACGGUUCCUCACGAUGAUGACACUUGUCCUUUCCGUAUCGACUAUUCUGUUGUUAGGAAGUGUUUUCAGCACUGGGCACACAGUCUCGGCUCAGGAACGUCCUUGCUCCUCUUCAAAUAUUACAUUAUUGCAUUGGAAUGGUACAGAUGCCUCGUUUUUGAAUGGGGUAUAUCCAAUUUAUUUCCCUCAAUUACCAACUCUCCAAUUUUUAAUUGAUGUCGACGGUGCUUCUCAACCUUUGCCAAAUAAUGACCCCACAAUCAAUGAUACAUUUAAGGGAACGACCUUUACCAUGAUGUAUCAUGUGGUGAAAAAUCAAGAGGACAAACAUUUUUACAAGACUGUUUACAUGAUGAACUCGAGAUUGGGCUCCAAUAAUAUUCAGAAAUUAAUGGACUGCAAUAUCAAUGUGACCAAGACGGGCAUGCCAUAUUGUGACCGAGUAAUCAUGCUUCCAAAUACUGUCGUGAAUCAAAAUUCCAAGAGACAAUACUUCUUGUGGAGUGUAAUUGCUGGUCGGCAAUAUGGAGAACAAAAUGGUGCGCUCAGUUCCAAAGUGAUUCCAUAUUUAUAUAUUGUGGAUGCGACUAAUUAUGCUCUUCGUCCAAACGUCACCGAUGCCAUUGCUACUUUCCCAAUUAUAAUUAACAAUGUUGACAAGGAUCCUGUUUAUUCAAGCAAAACUGGUAACUCGAUCGGUUUUGAAACUCUCACCUCUGCCAAUGCAGUCACAUCCGAUAUUUUCUACAAGCCCAUUCUCAUGCUUGACAUUGUGAACCCAGUUUCAAAUCAAAACGAGUUAUUGGUAUUGCACAAAUCUGAUGCAAAUGCUAUUCGUAUUUUGAGAUUGACCCCAUUCCAUGAAUCAUUCGCAGUGACAUCGAGUCUUUUAUUAGUUCCUUCCAUUGUUGGUGACGGACUCAGUGGAACUGUCUAUGCCAAUAACGUGAAAUUCCUCUAUAGCACUGCUAGAAAACAAAUUCAUGUCUACUUUACCUUAUUCAGAGAACAACAAGCUGCAUUUGAAAAAUUCCACAACCUUGCCCACAAUACGAACAUCCAAUUCCCAUCACAAGAAAGUGUCAAAUUUGUAAAUGUUCUCAUGACCCUUGACGCAUCCUCCCUAGAUAGUCUUAAGGUUGUAAAAAUCGUUCAACUCUUCACUAGUACUGAGAGAACCAUUGAUCUCUUCUCGAAUGACAAGAUGAAGGUUUGGCGUAUCAAUGACAUGACAUUAUCGGGAAGUAAUGAUCAAUAUCUCAUUCUUGUGGGUACUACCGUCUUCUCCGAAGAGGGAGAAACUGAUAAGAAUGCCUUUAUUUAUUCUGUCCACUUGGACGACUACAAACCAUUCCCAACCUCAAAAACCACUGCCGAACAAUUCUCUCUUGUCAACAUUGAUGAUGUGCAAAUUUCCAAUUCUGAGGCCCUUACUGUGAGUGCCAAUUUUUAUGGUUACAACGACACCAUUGCAGUCGGUUCCAUUGUUCGAACCAAGAAAGAUGGAGCUCCAUUCUAUGAAGAACCAGAGCUGUCAGGCUAUGUGCACUUGUAUAGCGUCUCCAAUCUUGAGUCACCUCUUGGUUACAAACAAAUGAGACCCAAUCAUGGUGUUGUUCGUACCUUUAAGGUUGAAUUGUAUCCAACUUCACACGAACAAAAUUAUGAACAUCUCUUCAUGGCAUGGAACAUGAAGGGGGAAGGAGCAGCCAUUUCAACCCUCUCCUUCUCGUGUACUCCUAAAAUUGUGAGAGAAGGCUGGGAAUACAUGUUGAUUGGAGUUUUUGGAGGAGAAUUUGUGCUUUGUGCCUUGAUUGGUGCUGCUUACUUUGCAUACAAGAAGUUGAGAGCUAAAUUCUCAAAGCAACGCGAAGGAUCAGACUUUGAACGUAUUUAA